AUGCCAAAAAAGCGACGAGUAAAUCCACCGGUAGUUCUGGACCCAGUAAUCGAGGCACACUAUCAGAAGCUGGCAGUUGACAAUGAGGUGGAGAUAGUGGAAAUAGUGGAUGCUUCUCCCUGGGGUGCCAUUCUCCCCAUCGAUGCCCAAUACAGGAAGCGCCGAGAGUCAACAGCCCUGGAGACUACAGUCCCCCCAAAUGGGACUCCUUCCCCAGGUGAACACGACAUGGGUCAAAGCAGCGGCAGAUUCCAGUACGACUUGUGGGGGUACCUGGCUACUUCCGUAUGCUGCAACGGUUCUAUGGUUGUGUCUGCGUUCAGCUCGGGCCUGGAUUUGCACGUGAGUCUUACGGUGCCUCCCAAAUUGUGUAAAGGCCGGAAGGGCUCUCUGUACUCGAGGUCCUUCCCCGCGGGAGAUGACGUAUGGAUGACUCAGCGGUUGGUAUCCCCCUUUGCCUCCUGUGUUUCCGACCUGAAUAUACAAACGUGUGAGCCACAGGCAACAGGCGUUUAUACCACCAGCAGUCGUGCCAAUGGUAGUGGUAGUGUACUCGGCGGUUCAAGUGGGUCGACGGCGGCCGGUCCCCCCAAUGGCCGGAAGCUUAGUCCGAAAGAACCGAAAGGCACCGCUCCCAAGCGGUCUGUUGGCAAGUCUGUUGGCAAGUUGCGAUCAAAGUCUGCAGCGAACAAGACGGCCAGUGUUGAAGAGUGGUGCUCCACCGUCGUGGAGCAGGGCUACGAAAACGUGGACGACGCAGCCUCUGCCUUUAUUCUACUUGCGCACGGCAGCACACGGACGCACUGGCCCAAGUUAGGGGGCGGUGCCCAAAUCCGGUGCGUAGUCCAGGGCCGGGACAUCGGGCGGCUCGACCAGGACCCCUCUAAGUUCCUCACCGUGCUCCUCGGACUUGGACUCAUUGUACUCAAAGCGGCCGUCGUUAUGCCGUCGGCCAACGCGGCAGAUACCGUCUCUAUGGGCACAAGCCUGGAUGUGGUCCUCAGCGUCUACGUAAAUCAAAACGUGGACAUCUGGAGUGUGCGCUUGAGCAACCGCCUAACCUGGGAAGCACGAGACGUAUUGAGACAGAGUCUGCUCUGGAUGCUCCGGUCCAUCGGCUCGAUCGCGCAAAGGAGCCUUAUGCGGCAACUUGUCGAGGAUUCGCAGCAAAAGCGCUCUGGUUCUCAGUACAGAAACGGAAUGGCAAUAGUGGACCACUCGGCCACAGUGGACGACCUCCCGGUGGAUGGUGACCAAGUCGUGAACUACCUUCCGGCGGCGGACGACGAAGCUGUGGACGACGAAGCUGUGGACGACGAAGUAGCGGACCACGAAGCUGCGGACGACGAAGCUGUGGAGCGCCCAGAGGAUGACGGAGGGUCCGGAGUAGACGACGGAAGUAGUCGCAAGUUGAAUGACGAGGUGUUCGGGUUCACAAUGAGUACGGAGACGAGAGAUCUGCCCGCGUGGCCCUGCAGUUCGGUGUUCAAGUCCACGUUGCGGCACUACCAGGAGGAGGCGUUAUGGUGGAUGCUGGAGCGGGAGCGGAGUGGGCUGGGGGAGCCGGAGGAGGUCUGGGAUUCUUUCGCGUUGGACCGGGACCGUUCCAUCUGGGUUAACUUUGUAAACGGGCACCUUAGUCGGAUUUCUCCCGCAGGCGGUCUUGAAUCCGCCUGCGGUGGUCUGCUGGCGGACGACAUGGGCCUGGGCAAGACCGUUGAGAUGCUGGCUUUAAUUAGCAACGACUACCUCGAUGAAGCCGAAGCUGGAGUGUGGAAAAAAGCCACACCCCCCAUCGACCAGGUCGGGGUAGUCGAUCAGGGGAAGGUGGGGGCAGUCAAUCAGGGGAGGGCGGGAGUAGUCAAUCAGGAUACCUCCCAGUCUUCUACAAGGGCCGGACAGGGCAACUUGUUGGUCGUACCGUUGUCACUGGUCUCGCAAUGGCGGGAAGAAUGCACCCGGCACGUUCUAGCGCCGCUACGCGUUUUCGAGUACCACUCUCUGGACAAGCCGGUGCGCCAGCUGGGGGAUUACGACGUCGUGAUUACUACCUACGGCACGGUCCGCAGCGACCACGGUUCCCGGACAGAUCCGACGGCAAAUUCUCGCAGCCUGACCCUCAAGGGACACCCGCCCCUCAAGGCACUCCCGGCCCCCAUUAGUACGUCGCCUUUGUUUGGCAAGCGCUGGCGAAGAAUAAUCCUUGACGAAGCUCACUUGAUAAAGAACCGGCUGGCAAAGACCACAAAAGCUGUGUGUGCACUGCAGUCGGACUACCGAUGGUGUGUAACCGGUUCGCCUAUUCAGAACCAUUUGGACGACCUGUUUCCUCUGUUAGUCUUCGUUGGGGCUCAACCCUGGAAUCAAUUGAUCUGGUGGAACCGGCUCGUGGGCAAGACCUCGACAAAGACCUCCGCCAAGAAAAAGCCCGGAUCUGGGACCGGAUAUGGGACCGGAUCUGGGACCGGAUAUGGGACCGGAUCUGGGACCGGAUAUGGGACCGGAUCUGGGACCGGAUCUGGGACCGGAUCUGGGACCGGAUCUGGGACCGGAUAUGGGACCGCGGGAGGCAGAGCGGGCACGGAGGACCAGAGUCAUUCUGCUUUGGAAGUUAGUCGAGUACGAAAUGUUGUUCGUACCCUCAUGUUGCGCCGGACGCGGGAAACCAUAGAUACUAUCACGGGUCGCCCGAUCGUAAGUCUACCCCCUCGUUACGUUGUUAAAGUUUGGCUGGAGUUCGAUGAGAGUUUAUCCGACAUUUAUUUCACCAUGUAUUCGCAGGCGAAACACACGUUCCAAGAGCUAACUAAAGCCAACGCCAUCGGUCGACAAUAUACCAACAUGCUAUUGCUGCUUCUGAGACUACGACAACUAUGCUGCCAUCCCAUAUUGAUCCUUACACAUUCCGUUCAGGAAGAUGACUCUUUAAGCAAAGAGGAUAUUCAGAAAUUAGCGGAAAGAAGCAAGUUGUCUACGGACGAGAUAAUAUCCCACAUUCCGUCAGCGUCGCUGGCUCGCGCUUUCAAGAUGAUUACGGGCACCGCGCGACGCAUUUAUCACGGAACGUGCGCCUUAUGUAGAGCCCCAUACACAAAUGCAACCAUACGGUCCAUUUCAAAGUCCGAUGGAACUACUUUGCAAAAUAGUUCGGAAGAUAAGUCGGUAGAGACAUCGGUACAGAACUCAGGUGAUGUGUACAGCCAAUUCGAAGGUGGACCGAAUUGGAAGAAGACUCUGCAGCAGCUAACAUGGAAGGAAUUAUUGACCCCAAAAUUAAACUGUGCUUUGGGAAUAUGUCAAAAGAUCGUAGCCAAUGGUUUAAAUGUGGUGGUCUUCAGUCAGUGGACGGGGUUACUGGACAUCAUGAAAGAAGGCCUCUCCCGGCUGAAGCUCAACACCUGUCGACUAGACGGCUCACUAUCCAAACAGCAGCGAUUGGAAGAGAUCGAAAAAUUCAACAGCGCUCGGAAUCCGACGGUUACUUCCGUACCGCCCUUGUCAGAGAUCCUGGCCGGUUUGAAGCACGCUGAAAAAUGCAAUCCAGACGGAACACCUCUCAACCACCCGAACCACCGAAGCUCAACCGGAAGACCUCCCUGUAUUGACUCGGUCACCAAGGAUUUGGUCACCAAGGAUUUGGUCACCAAGGAUUUGGUCACCAAGGAUUUGGUCAUCAAAGACUCGAUCACCCAUGUGGUAGCUCCUCCACCCAUUCCUUCUGCAACAGUUCCCGACAUGGAGAUGGAGGCGGACACUGUUGGUUUAGACACAGUUGUUAUAGAUACCGUCGGUCUAGAUGCGGCGAAGGAACCUGCGGCGAAGGAACCUGUGGCGAAGGAACCUGUGGCGAAGGAACCUGUGGCGAAGGAACCUGUGGCCGACCCAGUUCAGGAAUCAGUGCCUAAAUCUGUGGAUUUCAAUGCGGUUGCACCCAACGGAAGUUUGGCUGUAAAAUGUACGUUUGAAGAUGUUGUAGAUGAAACGAUAGACCAUCAAUUGGACGGUAAAACAUCCACUGGUGUGGUUCUGCUGUCGUCGCUCAAGGCCGGCGGAGUGGGACUUAAUCUAGUCGCGGCCAAUUACCUUUUGUUGCUGGACAGCUGGUGGAAUCCCGCGACCGAGGCACAAGCGAUGCAAAGAGUGCAUCGCAUUGGCCAGACGCUGCCCGUCUACAUAUUCACUCUCCACAUGUGCAAUUCCAUCGAAGCUAAAAUUCUAGAUUUACACAUAAUCAAAGAACGGAGAUCCGAAGGCGUUCUUUCGAAUGCAGCCGCCGGUCGAUCUAGCCGCAAGGGUGGGAUCGACGACCUCAACUUCCUUUUCGACGAAGGGUAA